AUGUAUUAUUGUGUAUUUCAGGAGGAUUCUUCAAGGGCAACAAACAAUUACACAACCUUUAACCAGUUUAUUCUCCUAGGACUCUCCAGUUACAAUGAUCUACAGCUUGAGCUCUUUGUGAUUUUUCUCUUCAUUUAUAUACUGACUAUACUGGUCAAUGGGACCAUCACUCUACUCAUAUGGAUGGACUCCCGACUACACAAACCCAUGUACUUUUUUCUAAGCAACUUGUCAUUUUUAGAUAUGUGUUACUCUUCUGUUACUGUUCCAAAAACAUUAGCAAACUUCUUGUCCUCCAAGAAGACAAUUUAUUUCUGGGGAUGUGCCAUUCAGCUCUUCUUCCUCACCACCUUGGUCUGCGCUGAGGCUUUUCUGCUUUCAGUAAUGGCUUAUGACCGAUAUGUUGCUAUCUGCAAACCUUUAUUCUAUCAUAUAAUUAUGGAUUACAGAAUGUGUCUCAGUCUGGCAUUGGCUAGUUGGCUCACAGCAUUGCUAAAUGGUAUUACUCAUACAACCUUAACUUUCAGGCUCUCCUUCUGUAGUCAUAAGAUCAACCACUUUCUGUGUGAGAUCCCCCAACUGCUGCUAUUGUCUUGUACUUUUCCUUUAAUUAAUGAGGUGAUGCUGAUCAUCUUUGCUGGUAUCAUAUCUGUGUCCACCUUACUACUCAUUAUUACAUCUUAUACCUUCAUAAUUAGCUCAAUAAGUAAAAUCCCUUCUGCAGAAAGUCGGAGAAAAACCUUCUCAACUUGCUCUUCACAUUUCAUAGUUGUUACAAUAUUAUAUGGAUCAGCCAUGUUCUUUUACUUGAGACCAAGUACUGAUGUCUCGUUGAAUAGAGACAAAGUUAUCUCUGUGGUCUAUACAGUCAUAACACCACUGUUAAACCCCCUCAUCUAUAGUUUCCGGAAUACUGAGGUGAAAAGGGCUUUCCAGAAUGUAUUUCUAAGAAGAGGAGCCAUCUGA